GUGGAGGGGGUUCUCCCCUCCGAAGGAAAUAAGCUUUUAGGUCUUUACAUUAGGUAAGCAUGCAUAAAUCCAUAUUGUUAUCUUAUCUUGGCCUUGGCAUAGAAGGAAGCUUGGACCAAGAUCGAAUAAAGCUACUAGUAAUCCGUACUAGCAUUACCUAACCCGCAGCCUGCCAGCCCGCCAGCCCGCCGCCAGCUUCACCCACCAUUUUGUGCAAUCUGUCGAAUCACAGCGUCAUUUAGCUUGUGAAAUUGACAAGUUGCUGAAUUCGGGUAACAUCUAUCCUAUCGCCAGUGUAGUCCAAAAUGAUGAUCUUAUAAACCGCAAUAUUUACGCCUCGUGUUUUUCACCUUUCCCUUUUUCGCAUCCUACUUCGUUCCAUCUAUACACGUCCCGUUAGCAGUCUCCAUCCCUUUUCGUCUCUGCCUUUUUAAAAACGUGGCCUCCGAGAACCACCCCAUCCUCUAUCGAUUCGUGUCCACAAGUUCGAGCCCUUAGGUACCUAGUCUCACCACCACCACCACCACCACAUAUCUGGCUUCGACACGACGAGAUAUUCCUCCUACGUAAUCUUAUAUCUGGUGCGCACUGGGUCAUUAGAACGCCCGCAGAAAAUACAAAAUCAUUGAACGCAAGUAGGAGGAAGACGAGAUUAGGACAGGCCAAGAAACGAGAAUAUCACUGAUCAGUGACCCGUUGCGCCAACAUGGCUGCCCCCAAUGACGGCUACGGCCAAUACCCACCGCAGGAGUACGGCCAGGAGGCACCAUACUCAGACCAGCAGCCUGCCGGCUACGGAGGACAGACGUCUCCCCCUCCUCAGGCCACAUCGCACCACGAUGGAAAAAAGAAGAAGAGGGGCUAUGCCACUCAGGCGUUCGAGUUUGGAAGCGGCGCGAACGCUGGCGCUACUGGCCCAACACCCGGCGGCAUAUCGCCUGGAUACGGAGGUUCUGUUCCGGGUCCUCAACCCUCUCCGGGCUACGGGGCUGGCAGUGCUUAUCCUGCCCCGGAUUUCCAACAGGGUGGUUAUGGCUCUCCCGCACCCGGCCAAGCACCAUACGGCGCUCCCCAGCAGACAGGUGCUCCCCAGCCAGGGUUAGGUGGCUACCAAGCUCCCGACCCAUACUACCAGCCGGGAGUCGGACAGCCACCUCCGGGAGUGGCCGGCAUAACUCAAGGGAUGGCUGGUAUGAACAUGGGGCCCGGUCCUCAGCCCGCCGUUCAGCAACCUGCUCAGCAAGCUCGGGUCGCCUUAAACCAGCUCUAUCCAACCGACUUGCUAAACCAACCAUUUAACGUGUCAGAAUUAGAUUUACCCCCUCCCCCUUGCAUCCUACCACCAAAUGCCAGUGUCACCCAGUCCCCAGAUGCGAACUGCCCUCCUAAAUAUAUCCGGUCGACUUUAAAUGCAGUCCCUACUACGCACUCCCUGCUUAAGAAGUCUAAAUUGCCGUUUGCCCUCGUCAUUCAGCCGUAUGCCGCCCUUCACGACAUCGAUGAUCCUGUACCCGUUGUUCAGGAUCAGGUUAUAGCCAGGUGUCGGAGGUGUAGGACUUAUAUCAACCCCUACGUGAUCUUCCUGGACCAAGGUCACAGAUGGCGGUGUAAUAUGUGCAAUCUUACCAACGACGUGCCGCAAGCCUUUGACUGGGAUGCUGCCGCUCAGAAGAGCGUCAACCGAUGGGAUAGAUACGAACUGAACCACUCCGUCGUCGAAUUUGUUGCGCCUCAGGAAUACAUGGUGCGUCCUCCGCAACCGUUGGUGUAUCUGUUCCUUUUCGAUGUUAGCUACGCUGCUGUCUCUACCGGUCUUCUUGCUACAAGUGCGCGUACUAUUUUAGACAGCCUCAACAGGAUACCCAACGCCGACCGACGAACCCGAUUAGGAUUCAUCGCAGUCGACUCGAGCUUGCACUAUUUCUCUGUCCCCAAGGAUGACGACGAAAAUGCGGAGACAUCUAUGCUGGUUAUCAGCGAUCUGGAUGAGCCCUUCCUGCCAGUUCCUCAGGAUCUCUUGGUCCCCCUGAUAGAAAGCCGAAAUAGUAUUGAGAACUUUCUGGCCAAGCUUCCCGACAUGUUCCAGAAUAACCAGAGUAAUAACUCGUGCAUGGGAUCUGCCCUGAGGGCUGGCCACAAGCUCAUCUCGCCGUUAGGUGGCAAGAUCGUGGUGCUCAGUGCUUCGUUGCCGAAUUUGGGAGUAGGAAAGCUGGAUAUGCGGGAAGACAAAAAACUGUUGGGUACGUCUAAAGAAAGCGGGCUCCUCCAGACCGCAAACAGCUUCUAUAAGUCGUUUGCCGUCGAGUGCUCCAAGAAUCAAGUUUCUAUCGAUAUGUUCCUUUUCUCCUCGCAAUACCAAGACGUGGCUUCGCUUAGCAACCUUCCCCGAUAUACCGGUGGCCAAACCUGGUUCUAUCCCGGAUGGAAUGCGGGCCGUGCCGAGGACGCAGUCAAGUUUGCAUCGGAAUUUAGCGACUUCCUAUCUUCGGAAAUUGGGUUGGAAGCAGUGCUUAGAGUGCGAGCCACGACGGGCUUGCGCAUGAGUACAUUUUAUGGAAACUUCUUCAAUAGGUCUUCAGAUCUAUGUGCCUUCCCGGCUUUCCCCCGCGAUCAAUGCUACGUCGUUGAGGUGGCUAUCGACGAGACUCUGCAGAAGAACUACGUUUGCUUACAAGCCGGUGUCUUGUACACUACAUGCAAUGGUGAACGGCGUAUCCGUGUCAUGACGCUCGCGAUCCCCACAACAACCAACCUCGCGGAUAUAUAUGCCUCGGCGGAUCAGUGUGCGAUUACGACAUACUUCACUCACAAGGCUGUCGAGAGAGCUCUCAGUAGCGGUUUAGACGCCGCCCGCGAUGCUCUCCAGAGCAAGCUCAUCGAGCUUCUCCAGACUUUUAAGAAGGAACUAGGAGGUGGAAGCAUGGGCGGUGGUGGGUUACAGUUCCCUGCCAACCUGCGUGGCCUCCCGGUGCUCUUCUUAGGCUUGAUCAAACACGUCGGUCUCCGAAAGUCGGCGCAAAUCCCGUCAGAUCUCAGGUCGGCGGCUCUGUGCCUACUAUCUACGUUACCUCUGCCGCUUCUAAUGCAGUACAUUUACCCUCGGCUAUAUUCGCUACAUGAUAUGCCCGAUAAUGCCGGAGUUCCCGACCCAGAAACGAGCCAGAUUGUCCUCCCACCGCCAUUAAACUUGUCGUCAGAGCGAUUCGUUACCUACGGGCUAUACUUGAUCGACGAUGGCCAAACGCAAUUCCUAUGGGUGGGUAGGGAUGCAGUACCCCAACUAUUGACGGACGUAUUUGGUGUAGGGGAUCGCACUCAGCUACGUGUCGGCAAAGGCUCGAUUCCAGAGCUCGACAACGAUUUCAACGAACGUGUCCGAGCCGUAAUUCACAAGAGUAGGGACCACCUAUCACGCGGGGUUGGUAGCAUCAUCGUACCACAUCUAUACAUUGUACGGGAAGAUGGCGAACCAAGUCUGAAGCUCUGGGCGCAGACGCUGUUAGUAGAAGACCGGGCAGACCAAGGGAUGAGCUUCGGUCAGUGGAUGGGAACGCUAAGAGAAAAGUAGUGGAACAACGACCUAUUAAAAUGGCAAAGGUAUGGCAUUGAGGAGUUGCAAGACCAGUACGAACGACUCCACGGAUACGGAUAAAGAAAAGGCCUUGGAGAAAAAGGAAGUAAAUCGAAGCAACGCCAGCGAGUCGUUGACUUGGAAUCGACGACAUGUCAACUAGCGCCUCCAUCAUGUUAAGUAAGCUACCUAACCUAGCAUUAAUAAGCCUUACAGCGGCUUUAUUUUCAAAGUCAGUGGGUCGAUUUUGUUCUCAGGUGUUCUCAGGUCCGUUUCAUACGGCCGAAUUAGGUCUAAUACGUGACCGAGUGGGCUGCGGAC